UGAAUCUAAGGCUGAUCUCGAGGAUAAAUCCAAGGAUUUAGGCUGGCUUACCAUGGAAUAAUGUAUCACAGCUGUCUAUGGACGAACUCGCAACUCUGCAGCAUCGUUUUGAACGGCAAGGCUACCGAUCACUUUCAGCCCAUCAUAAUUCGUAUCCUGAGCGAUUAAUAGGCUUAAAUUCCCACUCACACAUUUGACAGCAUGGCCUGCACUGUGCCAGCAACAAGGAGUAACCAUGUGUGGACCACUGUGUCCUAGUGCCAAGUGGUCAGGCUGUGCUGCAGCUUACCUAGCCAAAGCGCAUGGCCGAAGGUGGAGCCGAGCUGACCUCACAGGCACCCUUUGUACUGGCAGAAUACCAGUCGCUUGAUGGCAUCCUUGCUCCAAUCAGAAACCUCACUAGGGUCAAGUAUGCCUGCUUUGACGCAUCCAAACGGUAUCUCGCCUUCGGGGCUACAACUGGAGAUGUGUUCAUGUUCCAUCGAGACACCACUGCAUACAUUACAACAAUCACAAACAAGGAGGGUGCAGUGUCACAGGUUGCCUUGGCACCGGAUGACUUCGUCCUUGGUAUCGCCACUAGUCGUGGGCAUGUUGUUGUCAUGGAGCACAAUGCCAGGAGACCCGCAGUGCAGGCGCAGAGGCUGCAGCUGUCUUUCGAGCACAAGGGAAGUGUGGUCACAUGUCUGGAGUGGAACAGUGUGGGAACCCGACUCUUUGCCGCCGACAGUACUGGAAAGGUCUCCGUCCUCAACGUGUCUACAUCCAAGGCCAAGAGUCUGUUCCAGUCGCCACCGAGCACCCUGAUGCGCUUAGACUCCAAAGUUGUGCAACUGAACUUCGCACAAGAUCGGCUCCUUGCUUCAACUCUUACAAGAUGUUAUCUCGGUGAUACAAUCAGGGAAAAGUUCACUCAAGUUGGCAAGAAACUGAGGGACGGCGAGUUUGGUGGCUGUUUCUACCCAGGCAGCAAGCCUCAGGACUCCAUGUGCAUUUACGCAGCCCGUCCAGGGUCAAGGAUAUGGCAGGCUGAUCUCAAGGGCAGUGUGCUCAAAACUCACCAGUUCAAGGAAGCUCUUGCCACCAAUCCAGUCAAGUUAGUCACGUAUAGGUCCGAUUCUAGCAUUUUUGGAAGCACAGCAUCCUCAGCCUCAACAACAGCAUUUACUAAACUACUGACUGUAUGGGCAAGCAGUCAUAACUUGCCAUUUCUGAUAUCAUGGAGUUCCAAUGGCCUUUGUGUGAUUGAUCCACAAGCAGGAGAGAUAGUCCUGUGGAAUGACGAGCUGAAAGAUGUGAAAGAUUUGAGGUGUGUUCGCAACAACAUUUACAUCCAGCUGCACAGUGGUGAAUUCUGUACCUGUUCUCUGCUAACGCCAGUGCAGGCUGUCCUGUGCCUCCUGCAGCACAAUCAUGCAAUGCUGUGUGGUCAGUUUCUCUGUCAAAACCAGCUCCUGAUUCCUAAGCCAGCCUUUGAAAAGACUCUGUCCAGUGAGCUGUGCUUUGAACUUCAUGAUAAACUCCAGGAGGCCGGUCAGGUUUCAUUGGCCGUGUCUGUCGCAAAGGUACUCUUGGACAGCUAUGACGUUGACAUCACUAAGAAGCCAGCUAAGCCAAAGGUCGAUCCUACCAAAGAAGAAUGUUUAGACUCAGCAUCGUCCAACCCUGCGCACGUCUCUGUUGAGCGUGCGCCGACCAAACGGCGCAGCAGAGAAGCCCAGAAAUCUAAGGACGAAUGCGGUGUCGCUUCGCCUCGUCACGUCCGCUGCCACUCAUCAGAGCCAAUCAAGACACAGUUGGUGUCCAGCCCGAGACCUGUGCGCAAGACAGUGAGGCGUGGAAGUGAUCCUCCACCACCGAGCACAUUAGACAAAAUACUAUCGGCAGAGAGCUCUUUGAAACCCAAACCGACCAAGGCCUGCAGUCCUAGACCAGCCCGUAAAACCGUGGGCUUGUCAAGUGCACAGAGAGAGAGAAGCCUGAGCCUGGAUGCUCCUCGACAGGGAACGCACGAAUCUCCACCGUCACGAACACUCUCAGAGAGGCCGCGGCAGCUACCAACUGUAGCCAAGAGCUCUGCGCUCAUGGGUCUCAGCGUGGGAAGCCGAGAUCAGAACAAGGGAAUAGCAAAAGUCAGCAGCAGCAACAGUUCGGGAAGGGAGACCCCUGAGGAUGCCGAAAUGUCACCGACCCCAGGGUGCUCCGUGGCCGAGCGGGGCAACAACAAGAAGGCCUAUGGGAGUGCAUUGCGGAUACUGCCAGCCAUUCCCGCAUCACCCUUGGAUUCACCCAUGAGUCCGUUGGACAGGGUGGACCCGGAGGUGUUGGCCAGCAUGUAUGCUGAACAAGAUGUGGGCUACGAAAGCGUCUAUCAGUACCUCAGCUUGGGUGUGUACGGCUCGAGCCUUGUGCCUGCUGCUUUCACCAUGCGAGGCACUGACCUGGCUCAGCUGGCUAAUGUUGCUGACCUUGCGAAGCUUCGAGAUACGCUGUCGUCAAGGCUAUCCAAUGGCAAGGACACUAUCUUGAAAAAUCUCCGUGGCCUGGAGAGCAAGCUGAAGUACUUUUCAGUGGACCAAGCUGCAGACGUAGGCCUCACAUCUCCAUUGUCUGUGGUACCAGAGUACACUCCAGCUGAGCCUAACUUAAGGCCAGGAGAAAAUUUUACCAAGCACCUGACACCAAAGGAGGAGUUUUGGUCUUUUCUUCCUGGUGUGAACAGCAGCUUCAUAGAUGCAACGUUGCAGGCAAGCUCAAAUGCCAAUGACCCAGGCAUAUUCUACCAUGGCCCCAGCCUUGUCAUGGUCCUCGAAGAAUGGCUUGAUGCUCUACAUUCCACUCAGAUUUCUAUAGUCAACCAGAUAGCAUCUACGGAGACAGCAAAGCUUCCUGCUGUUAUAAGCCACUGUGAUAGUGUACAGAAGUCUCCCGAUGAAACAUUCUCUUCUCCCAGCUCUCAGGGUGAGACGAGAAUCACCGCACAACUGAACCUUAUCAAAUCCAUCUUCACUAGCGAUCCGUUUCGCCUCCCCUCCGAAGUGGCAGAGAAAGCUCGAGAGCUUGCGAUGCUGUGCUUUCAAACCCGAACACUGGGCAGUGUGGAAAGAGUUGCGACAAAGGUGUCCGAAGUUGAAAGUCAUGAGAAGCUUACAUCGUCAAUGUAUAAUGGCAGCUCUGCUGCCACGGACAUGAAGCUCUCCAAGCACAGUAGUACAAAUUCGCUCGGGAGCGAGGACACUUCGACGCACUGUGACCUCAGUCUUUCAAUGCGGUCCUCGGUGUCUGAGAAGUACGGGUUUCACCUCUCCGAGAUGCCAACCGUCGACUCCUGCAGCGAAUCGGCCAUGUUCCAGAGCAUGUCUUCAUCUUGCGGAGGCCUCUCGAUCAACUUGGACUUUCGACCCGAAGAAUCGGGGCAGCAGCCAUGUGCAUCGUCUGUGAGGAAGAUGUCUCUCAGUCAGCACAGGCAAGAAACAAAUGGUGACGGAACUGAGAGUGCAAAUCAGGAGCCGGGUGUUGCCACUGUUUCAGGUGCUUCGCCCAGUGAGUCUCCUCUUCGAGAGAAUGGAAGUGUCAGCGUGCAUGAAGAUGCAGCAGUGCCAACAGAAGGCUCUAGUGUUUCUAGAGAUGAGUGUUCAGGUGCCGUCAGUAUGAAUGGUUUUGCAUUGCACGAAGCAGCGAAUUCAUGCCAAAGUGUUGCAGGAGAGGGUUUCACAGGCCAAAGAAACUUGUCAGUUUACAGUGAUCUGUCACCUAGUCAGGGUUCUCAAAGCGAAGCCACAUCGGUUUCCUGGAUGCCAAUGAUUGCACAGAGUAAGGAAAAGACAGAGUUGUUCAAAAACCAUGUAAACGAUGCCAAAACCGCACUCUUCAUUCGGUAUUACUUUCACUUCCUCGAUCUUGAAGUUGUGUGGGACGUUGUGCAGCUCACGGAGAACCCAUGUUUUGAGACAUGGAGCACUGUGGUGUUGGGUGUGCUUCAAGAGUUGAAGGCUCGACAUCGGAAUCAAAGUGGUCCCGAACAUCUGGUCAUCAUUGCGCAUCAGGUGGAAAACUUGGCCAAUCAACCAUGGCUGCUUCUAGCCUACCUUGUGCUACUGCACGAAGUGGCACAGGAGAAAGUGGAGGACACGUUUACCAAGAAAGCCAGCUGUCUGUCAGCAAGAGAUAUCCUCUACUUCACCCAGCUGUGCAAAGUGGAAUCCCUUUUCCUCGGAGCCAUGCAGGGUGCUCUAAGCUGUUUCACCUUGCCACAGAUGCUCUCGCCAUUUCGCAAGUACCUUGAGAAUGAGGAGGUUCGGUGGGAGUGGGUAACGCAGUGCUUGCAAUCUGUAAAUAAUGAGUGCCUCAAGUGUUCCUGCGGAGCUCCAAGCUACAACUCACACAAAACUAACUGGCCCAUGUAUGAGCACUUAAAAGCCGUGUUGUGCAACAAGGACUGGAUAUCCCAGAAAAGCUUGGAGCUUUGUCGGACAUAUGCGUUUUGGCCUGGCUACCUCUGUGCACUGAAGCACUUGGGCCAUCGGACGGAGCACCUUGUGAAUGUGAUACAGCUGGGCGAUGCUGAGCUGCUUAUGCCAGACCAUUUUCUAGGGUUUGUUCCAGAGUCCCCCCAGGAAUGGAAGUUGGCGAUGGAGCUGGUCGGGCGUCACCGCACCGAGAGGGUUGUUGUGGUCACGUGCUUGUCAUGCGGGAAGCCGCAGAAGUCGGCGGAGAGCCAGAUGCCCCUGACGGUGCAAAGCGUAGCACAACGCAUGCUGGCCUCUCUGGGUUUCGAGCAGGCAGCCGCGGUCCUCCACGAGCUGAAUCUGCCUCGCAACUCCUUGGGCCAGGGCUUCUACCUUGCCAGUGUGCUUCUAACACUCAUUGAACAGCAACAGGCUGCCCUGAGCCACCGCAUGUUGUCUCGCCUGGAGAGCUAUGUCUGGUCACGGAGGCCUGUCACACUACCACCUCAGGUUGCAGAUGUCCUCGACAGGGAGAAGCAGGGUCUGGCUGGCCACGAUGACCUGACGGACGUGCAGCUGCAAGGAUCAUUUGUGGAGGAGCCUGAAAGCCACUGGGGGGGCAACAUUCCUCUUCUCUCAAAUUGUCUUCUUUGUGGGCUGCCUCUAGGAACUACUGUUAGCGCGCAUGCCGUCGUUAUGUGCCACUGUGGUCACUGCUUCCAUGAGAGCUGUCUUCCUAGUCCAGGAGACUUUUGCGUAGUCUGCAAGGAGGAGCAUAUCUGGAAGCGAUGAUAGCGUUUGUGAUGUUACGGCACACUUGAGUCAACAAUUGCUGCUUGCCAUGCGGCCAACUCAACAGCGCCUUUAACUCCUGCCAGGUCGCGCCUCAUCAGAAGGAAGUGUUUGUCGUCUGGAUUUCUUGCUUGCUGUGUAUGUGUGUGCAUCGUCCAGACAAGUGGCAAUAGCGGUACUCAGUGCCAUGUUGUGUGCUAGCCCUUGAAAGUCCGCUGCGUUGUCCUCAGGCUGCAACGUGCCAGGUUGCGCCGCCAUCAGCAUUUUGCAAGUUACCUGUUAGCCAGUUCAAACCACUUGGUAGUGAGAGACCGUGACCCUGCGAGAACCUAGACGUUGCUUGCUUUACAGCUUGGUGAAUGGAUGGUUCAGGUAAUAAUGCACUGGUAUAUAAGUGGCAACCACGUGGAAUGUAUUUGCUAUUUUUAUUUGAUGACCUGGAGAACAUGAAACGCCUGUAAUUAGAGUGCUUUAGCGUGUCCGGUAUUCGGAUAAACGCAAGAUGUCUUACCAGAUGCGCGGAAACAGAAACGUGAACGGCCUGCACGGUGCAGCCACCUGGUGACGCAGAGCUCAAUCAGACAAACACAGAGCUAACAUAGCAGUAACCAAGUGUAUUCUACUUCGCUUCUGGUGAAAAUUUUAGGCAGUGGCGUAAUCAUGUUGCUGCCGAAAAUUUACCCUUGACCACUUGUUUUCUGAAAAUGACACUGCGGUCUUACGAAAUUGUGCUUUCUGUGGAGGAUAGAGUGAAAAUGCAUGUUACAAAUAUCGCAGAUAUGUUGCAGCCAUUUUUUAAAAACAGCCAUUAGGUAAUUUUACUAAUGAUGAGGCUGAGGCCUAUAACUGCUUGUUGCAGUAAUUAAGCCAUGGAGAGAGAGAAAUUGUGGUUGUGAAGAAGAAGAGGCGCUAUUUUCUGCGCCCCUUUAGGGAGCACGACUCAGCGCCUUGGGGAAGGGGCGGGGGAUGUAAAGAAGAAAGAAAAGCCAUGGAGCCCAUUGAUGUCAGGUAGUGUGCUGCUCUCUCUCUUAUUUUAUUAUUAUUUUUUAUAACAUGCAAUCUUCUUGCUGAAAUCAUGGCCAAAAUGUGGUCUUUGUGUCUACUUCACUUGGGAUCACAUUUUGGCUGCCAUCUUGGUCUGGACACUGUGCAGUGUGAAAUAAACACACGUACAUGAAAAUUACGUCUUGAACACACAUUCCACACGGUUGCCACUUUAUGCACGACUCCCCCUUCCCCUUCAAAGCAGCUUGUUUUUUACCAUGACAUGCAGUGAAACCAUUUUUGAUCUCUUAAAAGUAACAGUAUUGUGUCUCUGAUCUUAAUAUUUUGGGAGUGCUAUUUUAUUGAAAUUUUCUUGCACCCGUUGCAAGGCUCAAGAGAUAGUGGUAACCAUUCAGUUCCUUUCAUUAAGUUAUUUUUAAUUGAGAGUAUAUAUUUAUCUGGGGUGUAUAUCAUAUCUACACUCUGUCGAGCGCUUUGAACUGGUUCUUUUAGCCGAAUUAACCUGACCUGCGAGCUUGCUUGUCCAAAGAAACAAACUUGUGCGUGCAAAUAUGCGAGCUGAAAUAUUUCCUGCUCAUUAGGUGCUGUUUUACGAUCUCGCAUAUGUGUUAUUUUUGUUUAUCUAUUAUACAUACUUGUAGACCUUGACUGUAAAAGAUACUCUUGACCAUACUUUUUAUUAGUUUUAUUAGCUGCAUGUCAUCUGGUGUUCAUUGGAUCAGCACCAUCAGUUUCCUGAAUCAUGUGCUUAAUGUACAGUGAAACCUCAUUAUAAUAAAUCAGCAUUAUAGGAAGAAGUAUCUCCAGUAUAUCCCAUAUAUGCCAAUGAAUGUACGCAUGGAAAUUAGAGAGAUUGGGUCUACAAGAACGCCCAUACGAAGAUCACCUAAGGUGCACAGAAAUUAUACUAAAACAGAAAAAAAAAAAUUCUUCUGUGAAUUGCUGACUCCAUUAUGAGUCCGUAAUUCACGGUCUGUUGCUAAAGUGUAAAGGCCCCCCGCUGUCAUUGCCACCAGCUCCUGUGCUUAAGUGGCGAGUCGUGCGACCUGUUCAUGCUGACAAGUGAAAACUGGCAAAAGGUAUUGUGUUGGGUGACAUUUGCCUACUGGAAGGUUAGGCUUUACUCUUGCUGCCAACAGAGGCAGAUGACUAGCUUCACCUUGCACAAGCUGGCAUGCUUCUUCAAUGAGAGUGAUGGCCCUUACACUUUUGUGUCAGAUCGUACACAGAUCUCACUGAAGUGCAAAAAGAAAGUGCAGCAUAAUUUUCAACUGCAUUCAUGCACUGCUUAUGCAGUUGAUAAGCACAUUGCCUUUGCAGGCAGUACAGCUUUAAGCUGAAAGUUUGCUUUGCCAUGAUCAAAACCAAAUCAGGUCUUGUGCUCUUGGGCUUCAUCAUAAUAUACAAUUCCUGUUGAAACAAACCAUGGCCAUUCAUAUUUUAUAUUUGCUUUAUUCCAUCCAAUAACUCGCUGUAGCAGUGUUCUUUAUAAUGAGGUUCUACUGUACAUGUGGUUGGAAAUCAUUCAUUACACUUCCUUUUUCGGAGUUUUUGAUGAGGUGACUUUUUAGCAAUGAAACAGAAAGAAUGACGAACAAGAGACUUAUUUUCUAGUCGCGCAAUAAAGAGCAUGCUAGAGCCUAGCUAGAGAGUCCAAUAAUUAAUAGACCUUUAACCUGAUAAGUAUAUGAAUGGACUCAAUAAGUCACUGUAGUCCUUAUUUUCUGGUCGGUUUGUGUUCCAGAACAUAAAUAUCAGCGAAAGUGUUACCUCUUAUUUGGGGAGUCGCUUUGAGCUUGUUUAAGGAUGACUUUGCUUGCAGCAUUCAAUUAUGAAUGGCGCUGCAUGUUGGCAUACCAAAGCAUUUUAUUAUGUACAUAUGAUUUGUGCAUUUUGUGUGUAUCUAAAGAACUUCGCUCUAGUAUGACGUUGCUUACAUGAUGGAGAUAGGUAUAAAGGACUCUUCUGCUUAACCGCCGACUCAUCUGCACUUGAAUUUCACUUAGUACUAGCACUUUGCCAUGCAUUUUGUUGAAUAGCACCAUGCUUGACUUGGUGCAGUACUUGCCUACUUUUUUCAGAACCAACUGUAUCUCUCUCUCUGAGCACACGAUCGUGCGUUCUAUUCCUGGCCAUUGCAGCUACAUUUCGAUGUGGGAUGGAAUGCGAAAACAUUUGUGCCCUUUACCAAGAAAUCAGUGCCCAGUAAUAAACCCUGGGUUGUCGAAACUAAUCUGAAGCUCACCUCUGUGGCAUCCCUCACAGCUCCUGUGUUUCUUUGGCACGUUAUAGACUUGACUAAUCAUUAAACUGGAGGUACAUGUUGUCUUCGGCAAUGUCAGACGUAAAGUGUAGAUUUUCUUCGUAAUGGGACAGCGGGAGCCUCACAGUCUGUCUAGUGUGAAAUAGUUUUUCACUCUAAUACUGAUGGAUGGUGCUGCUGAAGCAGUUGCUUUCUUCUGAUAUAUGACGUGUAGCUGCAAUUUAUUCUUGGAUGGGUGAAAAAGUCAGUGAGUAGAGCAUCCAAAUGUAGUAUCAAAUGAAAUACUCUGUGGAAUGCUACAUCUGCACAAAAUCUUGCGCAGAUGGAAUUUCACCAGAAGAGCUCUUCAUACCCGUCUCCCUUAUUUAUGCAACAUUCAGUAUUCACUUCCAGGAGUUAUAUUAAAAGCACAUUUUCAAUACUGUCUGCACCAACAAAAAGAGUGAAGGGUGGUCAGAAGGGGAUGGAAUUAUGUUUCAUACAAUAGCCUUAAGGCUAAGCAAGACUACAGUCAUGAGGAAAAGCUCCGCACACUGCUUUACUUUUGCCGAGACAAUUUGACUGGAUGUACCAGGUUAUCACCGUACCAUGCUGUGUGCCAAGGCAUGUCUUCUUUUUUAUUCUAUCCACUGUGGAUCUUGCACAGUGUAGUCAAGAUUACAGCCUUCAAAAUUGUAAGUUUAUGGCAUGCCCCAACUGUUUUAGCGCAUUGUGGAUGUGUGUUAUAUGUUGUUACCAUUUACAUGACUAGUAGAAAUGUCCUUUCAUGCAUGCACACGCAUUGCUGCACCUACAAUCAAGUAGACUUACCCUUACAUUCUUGAACAUUACUUCAGUCAGCAUUUUACCUUUACUUCUGAAGGCAAAGGACAGUUGGACCCAUCAAGUGAAUUGCUUACUAUGCUCCAGUAACAUUCCUUGGCAUUUUCGAAGGUGAAUUUUUGUAGCCACGCGUAGCUAACUAGAGGAGGCACUGCGUCAAGAUGCUUUUCUCUAGGAACUCCUAAUCGCAAGAAUCGACAAGGAGCAUUAUCGAAGUGCACUGUUUACUUCAGUCAACAGCUGGCGCUGUCUUGCGCUCAACGAAAUCAAGGAAGCCCUUUGAGUUAAGCCUGUUUGUGGAUACAUGUUUACUGUAGGUGAGGAUAGCAGCAUUAUUGUUAUUUUUUCCCUCUGUGCCACAUUGUUCGUUGCUUUCUCUAGUCCCUUUUUGAGCCUUGAUGGUUCUCGGCCAUCGACUUAGGUGCUACUUUGACAGGUGUUUGCUAAAGUGCACAAAAGUCAUCUUGCUGGAAUGUCCCCAAUGAAUGCGUGGGUUUUUCCCGUGAUUGCUGGUGUGUUGAAAGAAAUUGUCUGUCCCAUCUGCUGAUGAGUGGAGCCACACAUAAAAGACAAUGAUGACACCCAGAUGUAGUUCUGUAUAAAAAAAAACAUAGAAGCUCCUGUUUAUUCAUGCCGACUAGAAAAUGCACACACACAUCAGAUUCCAUCCACUCGCAUCUGCUUGUUUAUGUACAAUGUUAAACUUGUUCUCUCUCUUGGCAUUGUAUGUUGGCUACCCGUGCACUCUUGCAUUCUUCGUUUCUUUUUUUUUCUUCUUCUCCUUUCUUGAAGUGUUGCACACUGAUGAACAUAAAGUCCUUGUGUCAAGCUCAUCAUCGAAGCAAUGUGCAGUGAAAAAGUGUGAUUGCGAACGAUUGCUUUUUACAUUACAUCAUCCCAUCUUUCGACGCUUGCAUUCUUGUCACAGAAAUAAAUUAGUAUGUACAUAACA